AUGGGAGUUAAUCUUGAUAUUAAAUCCGGUAUCGAACCUAUCAUAUCACCUUCACACGCCAUAUUUAGUUGUAUAUUUUUUACCUUAUGUUUCGUCGGAGGUUUAUAUUUUUCAAAGAAAACAAGAAUUGGUGGCAAUAAUCCUCGAUUAACAAAAGAUCACCCUCAUGUUAUCAUGAAUCGUGGGAUAAGUGUUUUUAUCACUUGUAUAAUUUCAUUCAUUGGAGUUUGGCUUUUAAUACAUGUUAGUGGAGGAUUUAAAGAAUCAAUGACAAUUUUAUCAGAAAUAUAUACAACAUUGGUACUACUUGGAUUCUCACUGCCAACCCAUCCAUAUCACAUAUUAAACACAUUUUUUAUUCCUUUAGGUCUAACAAUGUCAUUAUUUAUUGGUCCUUUAUUUGUUAAAUUUUUGGAUAAAGAAUUGCCUUUUCAGGCCAAAUUUAAUUGGCGAAACGAUUUUUUAAAUUAUAUUACAACUUUGAUCGGUUUCAGGAAUAUAAUCUUCGCUCCAAUGACUGAAGAAUUUGUAUUUAGAUGUUGCAUGAUUCCGCUUCUUGCUUUGGCAGAUUUUACUCGGGUUCAAAUCAUAUUUUUAUCACCUUUGGUAUUUGGAAUAGCAGCACAUAUACAUCAUGCCUGGGAGGCUUAUGUCAAUAAUGGAAGGACUAUGGCAACAGCAAAAUUCGCAAUACUUGUUUCGACAUUUCAAUUUUUCUAUACGACAUUAUUUGGAUGGUAUGCCACGUUUUUAUUUAUGAGAACCGGCCCUGCGACUAAUCCGAGUUUGUAUGAGGAUGUAGAAAAGUCAUUAUACUGGUACAAUACAAAUAAUGGAAGCAAAACCACAAUUUAA